UUUAUUUACGAGUAAUUAACGGUGGAGUAACAACGUCCGCACACGGCUAAACGGAUAGCGGGCAGGCGUUUGAUGCAUUUGAUUGAACAAACAUUCGUUUUGUUGGGGGAUGCAGGCCGUAUAAUUGACUUUGAGUGUGUGUGUGUGUUUUUUCAGCUACUAUCGUUGUUGCGUUUGCCGUACGACUAGUCCAAAUCGAAACGUUACCUUUGGAAUGUAGUGAAUUUAAAUAUUUAUUUUAAUGUAUAAAUUAUCCGUGAUAUUUUUCGGCCAUUAGCAACGGGGGAGGCAAGCAGUCCCAUCAUCAGCAAAUCAACGGAACGGCGGCUAAGAAAACGACGACCAAUGACAUCAACUAUAAUUGAUCUUAAUUUUAAGUGUUUUGUGUGUGAAAGUGAAUGAAUGCAAAAAAAAACGAAAUUAACACAGAUAUUUAAAUAACAAAAUUAAUGUGAGGUCAGAGGGAAAACAAAUACGCAGUAACUUAAAACAAUCAUCCUGCUUUUAUACACCACCUAUAAUUUUUGUUGACAUCUAAAGCAAAUACCCGCGAGUGACCUUGUUAACCUUCCCAGGAAUCUUCAACAACUGCUGCAGCUACCAUGCGUCGUCAUUCCCAACGUCCCACAUUGAAAAACCUUAACCCGGUUUUCCAUAAGCGUGAAAAAUCUGAAGAUAAUAGUGUGGUCUCCGAUAAACUGCUCAAAUUGGCCCGAAAAUCUGGAGCUUUAAAUCUUUCUGGAAGGGGGCUGGCCUCUGUACCUGAUAAGGUUUAUGACAUCAAUGCUGGAGACAAAGAUGUCGAGGUGACUUUGGAGUCAUUGGUAGCUAAAGAGGAGGAUGCCUGGUGGAAUCAAUUACCUUUGAAUAAUCUAGACCUAAGUUCAAAUCAACUCGUACAACUAUCGCCUAAAAUAGAAAAUCUUUGUUCAUUGACAACGCUAACGCUCCAUGACAAUGCCUUAACCUCAUUACCCAAAGAAAUCGGAAAGUUGGAAAAACUAUUGCGUGUUAAUUUAAGCCGAAAUCGUUUAAAAGAAUUGCCCAGAGAAUUUUUCACUUUGCCUGACUUGCGUUACCUGAAUUUGUCCCAUAAUCAGUUUGAAGAGCUUAAUCCGGACAUAAGUGAUCUGCAUAUGUUGGAGGUUUUGGAUGUAUCAAAUAAUGAACUAAACUCUUUACCUGGUGGUAUUGGUUUUUUGGUGCGUCUAACAACGCUUUUACUAGCCUAUAAUCAUAUUAAAGAACUUCCACCCGAUUUGGUCAACAUACGUUGUUUACAAAAGCUGGAUUUAAUGCACAAUGAUUUGAUUGCAUUACCCGAGGAUAUGGGCAGUUUGCGCAAACUGCAAUGUUUGUAUGCCCAACACAAUGAUAUACAUGAGCUGCCCAAUUUUGAUGGUUGUGAUUUGCAGGAGUUGCAUGUAUCCAAUAAUUUCAUUGAGAAAAUACCCAAGAAAUUAUGUUCAAAAUUGCCACAUUUGAAAAUUUUCGAUUUACGUGACAACAAAAUCACUGAAAUUCCCGAGGAAAUAGCUUUGCUGCAAAAUCUCACACGCCUAGACAUCUCAAAUAACUCUGUAUCGAAUUUACCCUAUUCGCUGGCCUCCUUGGCCCAUUUGAUAAGUUUACAAGUGGAGGGUAAUCCGAUUAAAUCGAUAAGACGUGACAUAUUGCAGUGUGGAACUGUGCGUAUUUUAAAGACAUUACGUGACCGUCAAGCUGGUCUGGAGACUGCAGCAAAAACUUCAAACUCGUCAUCAUCUCUGGCAGAAAGUGGCAACAUGGGCGCAAAUGGUCUUAAUAGUCCACGACGAGGUUUUAGUUUUGAAGAUGACCAAUCAAUAUUUCCAGAUAGAUAUAAACUCCAUAAGACUCGUUGUCUCACUGUGACCAUGCAACAAUUGACAGAUGUACCCAAAGAAGUUUUCGAAACCGCUUGCAAUGAGCAUGUGAACAUAGUUGACUUAUCGAAAAAUCGUUUCACCACCUUGCCAGAAGGCCUGCAAGAAAUGAAAGAAUGCUGCUCCGAAUUGGUCUUUGCCAAUAACCUGAUUAAUACAGUACCUUCGUUUAUAUCGCAAUUCACCCGUCUAUCGUUGGUAAAUUUAUCUUGCAAUAGCCUACAAGAUUUACCUGAAGAAUUUGGAGUUCUAAUAACACUGAGAGAAUUAAACAUCUCAAACAAUAGAUUUGAACAGUUGCCAAAGUGUAUAUACGAAUUGAAAGGCUUGGAAAUCCUUUUGGCACGCGAUAAUCGCAUAAAAGCGAUUGAUGCUACCAAUGAUGGUCUGGGAGCGCUUAAGCGGUUGGCCACAGUUGAUCUGCGAAAUAAUGACAUUGAGCAUGUACCACCUAUACUGGGAAACUUGAAAAACAUAACAACACUGGAGAUAAUUGGAAAUCCCUUUAAAUUGCCACGCCACCAGACCCUGGAGAGGGGAACCGAAGCCAUCAUGUCCUACUUACGUGAUCGUAUACCAGUUUAAGAGCUUCAACUCUGGACUCCAUCAGCACAAAUCAAACAGGCUUCACAAAAAAGAAAAACAAAUCAUAUUUUUUGUUUACAACAUUUAUUUAGAAUAAAAUAUACUUUUUUUUUAAUGUAA